CGACAAUAACAACGGCUUCGUUCUCCCCAUAGAACUACUACUGACACCAGAAUCAGCCCUCAUCGUCCCCAACACCUGCUCCACACGUCCCUCCGUCCGUCCGUCCCUUCGACUCGGCAUACCAUACACUAAAAGCAUCACACAGCGCAGCUGAAUGUCAGCGUGUCAAAACAACAUGGCUCACUUAUACCACCAAACUACGCAUAUAUGUGCCAGUCCCCCCAAGAAACCUUCCAAUCGUGGCUCCGGCCUGGGUGAAGAUUCCAUCUCUGUCUCGCCUAGCACGACCUUGCAGGCAGAGACUCCAGCGGCAGUUGAUAAGCUGGCACCCAGGACCGGAGCUGAAGGAAAGAAGGUCAAGCUCGUUGUGUUGGGUGCGGGAAUCUCAGGUCUCCGUGCCGCGUCUUGCCUUCAGCGUCAUGGCGUCGAUGUUGUGAUUCUUGAAGCACGCAAUCGCAUAGGUGGACGUAUCCACACCACUCGCAACGAAGCAGGAGCACCAAGAGAUAUUGGUGCCGCAUGGCUCCACGAGACAUCGCAGAAUAAGCUGGUCAAGCUGAUCUCGAAGCUAAAGCUAGAUUACUAUUACGAUGAUGGUCUGCCGCUCUACUACACUGAGCAGGGCCGCGCAGGCGCCCAAUUCAAGGCGAAGAAGGUCGCUGAUGAGGCCGCUGAUCACAUGCAAUGGUGGUAUGAGACUCACCCAGAUGCACCUGAUCAGACGGCCUCGGACUUUGUCAACAGUUUCGUUGACAAACACGAGCUGAUCACUGAAGAUGAGCGCCUUUGGGCGCCUCAAGCCUUCAAAGAGGUAGAGCUGUGGAUUGGUACCACGAUUGAAACCGCAUCUGCCAGACACCUUUCCUAUUUCGUCACUGAACGCAACCUGUACAUGAAAGGUGGCUAUGACAACGUGGUGAAGUGGGUAGCUGACUCGCUGCUGCCAGACACAGUCCACCUCAACAAGACUGUCGAUCACAUCUCCUGGAGCGAGGACGGCUCAUGUACUCUCGAAUAUCAUGAUGCCAGUGGUAACGUCGCUGUCAUGGAAGCUGAUGCUGUCAUUUCGACCCUGCCAUUGGGAGCACUGAGGCGGAAUCUGGUCACAUUCGACCCUCCACUUCCAGAUGAUAUGCAGCUUGCACUCUCAAAGUUCUCAUAUGGCGCAUUAGGCAAGAUAUUCUUUGAGUUUGCAGAUGUUUUCUGGAGCAAGGACAAUGAUCAGUUCAUGUUCUAUCCUACACCGCCCGCACUCGAGGAAGAUUCGUACUCUACUUCUCCCAGCUCGAGCAGCUCAAACGAGCCCGACAACAUUCUCAAUUAUGCGACAGUAACGAUCAAUCUCUGGAUUAUGACGGGCGGCAAGGAGCUGUGUGUGCAGAUCGCGGAGCCCUUGACUCAACGCAUUGAAGCAAUGACCGAUAAACAGGCCAUCUAUAAGUUCUUUGAGCCAUUGUUCAAGCUGCUUCGAACUGAGCCAUAUAAAACGCUUCCCCGUCUGAUUAACGUUGAGACUACCCAUUGGACACAGGAUCCGCUCGCGGGCUACGGAUCAUACUCUGCAGACAAAGUCGGGGACGAACCCGAGUUGCUGCUCAAUGCGUUGGAGAACCAUAAAGGUUCCAGACUUCAGUUUGCUGGCGAACAUUGCACGAUGGUGGCUAAUGGCUGUGUGCAUGGCGCCUUUGCCACAGGAGAGAAGGCUGCGAAGAACAUUCUGAACACGUUUGGCAUUGCAUACGAUGGAGGUGACAUGGUCAGCAUUGACUAAGGAGGAUGUGCAUUAUGGAAGACUGGGAAGGGGGUCAUGGCGCAUGUUGCACAUUUUACUCAAUCUAUACACAA